GAGGGAGCUGGUCUCUUCCGCAGUGCCAAUGUGCCAAACAGCACAGUGGCACCGUCUAAGCUAAAGGGGAGUAAUGACUGAUGGAGUUCAAAGAAAAGCGUGUUGAGGUGCAAUGCAGAAGAAGUAAAUAGUUUGACUACUUUUCAUUAACUUGUUUUCUCCUUCGGCACUUUAGAGGCUGGAGGGCUCCGGAAAGAUUUCUCAGGCUCCUGGAUCAAAGCUCAGUGUGAGCUUGGUGACUUUCUGCACAUCCUCAUUGUCUAGCUGACAAUGUGUUCGUGUUAGACCCAGGCCACACACAAGGGUGUGGAGAUGAUACAUCAAGAUGUGUUCACAUUUUAUAGCUGGACAUGGAGACAAUCAAGCUCCUGACUCUCCCAUCCACCUCACCUGCACUGCUCAGAAUGGCAGCCAUGUGAUUUCCCCUGUGCUCUCACACUGCCAGAUUGAUGGACCAAUUAACUUCAGCAUCAACAUCAGCUCCACAAAUGCUGCUCUUAUCUCAGAGCCUGUUACUGCAUCACAAGCCUCGCCUGUCAAUCAGGCAAUUCCCCAACCUGUUUGUGACAUUGCCCAGACCAAACUGCAGAUUCAGUAUAUGUGUGAGUUGAAAGGAAAUCUGAGGCACAGAUUCAGCCAUGUGAGUGAAGGGCAAAAUCAGCACGGACAAAUGAAACUUCUUAAUCAGAUUUACACAGAACUCUACAUCACCGAGGGAGGGAUUUGUCAAGUCAAUACAGAACAUGAAGUGCUACAAAUGAAAGAAGCAACGAGAAUGCAAGAAAUUCCAAUCAAAUGCAACAACAUUUUUCAGCACAUGCACGGACACGGUCGACCUCCUAGAACUGUGAUGACCAUGGGAGUGGCUGGAAUAGGAAAAACCGUCGCCGUGCAGAAGUUCAUCCUCGACUGGGCUGAGGGGAAAGCUAAUCAAGACUUUGAGUUCAUAUUUCCACUGCCUUUCAGGAGACUGAAUUUGAUGAAGAAACAUUACACACUGACUGAGCUUCUGAAUGAGUUUUUCAAGGAAAUGCAACGACCAGAGAUCUCAACAUCCAAGGUGUUGUUUGUCUUUGAUGGCCUGGAUGAGUGCCGGCUUCCCCUAGAUUUCCAGGGCAAUGACAGGUGUUGUGAUGUCAAGGUGUCAGCCCCAGUGGAUGUGGUCCUGACCAACCUCAUCAAAGGAUACUUGCUUCCCUGUGCUUUCAUCUGGAUAACCUCCCGACCUGCAGCAGCCAGUCAGAUCCCUUCAGAGUGGGUUGACCUGGUGACAGAAGUACGGGGGUUCAACCACCUUCAGAAGGAAGAAUACUUUAGGAAGAAGAUCAGCAACGAGGACAUGGCCAACCAAAUCAUCACUCAUGUGAAGUCAUCAAGAAGUAUCUUCAUCAUGUGUCACAUCCCCGUGUUCUGCUGGAUCAUAGCCACGGUUCUGGAAAAGUUGUUGAGAAAAACAAUGAGUGAAGAGAUGCCCAAGACCCUAACCCAGAUGUACUGUUACUUCCUGGCAUCACAAGAGAGAAACAUGAAUGUGAAGUUGUUUGGAAGAAAACAGAGCAAUCCUUCCAUGACAAGAACUAGCCUUCUGUCUCUGGGCCAACUAGCUUUCAGACAGCUGGAGAAAGGCCAUCUCAUCUUCUAUGAGGAGGACCUGAGAGAGAAUGACAUAGAUGUCAAUCAGGCAACGUUGUUCUCAGGAGUCUACACAGAAAUCUUCAGUGAGGAGAUGACACUGUGCCAGGGAAAGGUGUUCUGUUUUGUGCAUCUCAGUGUUCAGGAGUUCCUUGCUGCUUUGUAUGUGUUCCUCAAAUUUAACAACGACAACGAGAACAUGCUGACCAAGAGAUCAUCCCUUUCAAGACUCAUCACUGACUCACCUGCAACCAGGCUCUAUAAAGCAGCAGUAGACAAGGCCAUACAGAGCAAGAGUGGACAGUGGGACCUUUUCCUCCGCUUCCUGCUGGGCCUCUCGCUGGAGUCCAAUCAAAAGCACCUCGGAGGCCUUCUGACCCAGAGAAAACACAGCCUGCACACCAGGACGGAAGUAGUCAAGUACAUCAAGGAGAAGAUCCGGACGAGCCCCUCCUGGGAGAGAUGCAUCAAUCUGCUCCACUGUCUGAACGAGAUGAACGAUCACUCUCUGGUGGAGGAGAUCCAACACUACCUGAGCUGUGGACGUCUCUCAGCAGUGAAACUGUCCAAGGCUCAGUGGUCAACUUUGGGUUAUAUACUGCUCACCUCAGAGGAGGACUUGGGUGUGUUUGACCUGAAGAAGUACAUCUGCUCUGAGGAAGGUCUUAUCAGGCUUCUGCCUGUGGUCAAAGCAUCUCACACAGCUAUUCUCAAGGGAUGUCAACUGACAAAGACAUGUUGUGAGGAGCUAGCGGCAGUCCUCAGCUGCUCCCACCUGAAAGAGUUGGACCUGAGCGAGAACUUCCUGCAGGACACUGGUGUGCAGCUCCUCUCCACUCACCUGGGGAGUCCACCCUGUAAACUGGAGACUUUAAGGCUGCAGAGCUGCAGCUUGACCGAGCAGAGCUGCACGGUGUUGGCCACAGUGCUCAGCCUAAACUCUUCCCACCUGAAAGAACUGGACCUGAGUGACAAUGAGCUGCAGGAUUCAGGAGUUCAGCUGCUUUCAGACGGUCUUGGCUACACACACUGUAAACUGGAUACACUGAAGUUGUCCUUUUGCAGAAUCACAGAGGUAGGGUGUGCUCACCUAGCUUCCGCUCUCAACUCCAACCCUGACUUCCUCAGAGAAGUGGACCUGAGCUUCAAUCACCCCAGAGUGAGAAUGCUGUCUGCCCUGCUAGAGGAUCCACGCUGCAGACUGGAGAAACUCUGUCUGGAUGGCUGUGCUGAACUCAGAGUCAACCCAGGUCCACAGAGAUAUGCCCGUGAGUUCACACUGGACGUGAACACAGCACAUAGAGACCUGUCUCUGUCUGAGGGGAACACAAGGGUGGUCCGAGGGACUGAGCAACUGUAUCCUGACCACAGUGACAGGUUUGACUUCUGGAGGCAGGUGCUCUGUCGAGAAGGCGUUGCUGCCCGCUGUUACUGGGAGGUGGAAUGGAGUGUGAAGGCCACUAUAGGAGUGGCAUACAGGAGAAUGUGCCGGAAAGGAGAAGGUUGGGACUCGUGGCUCGGACAAAACGACGCCUCCUGGAGUCUGAGCUGCUCCAGUGGAGGAUACUCUGCCUGUCACAACAAGAAGACGGUUCCCAUUACCAUGCCUCAUAUCUCAAGUAGGAUAGGACUGUAUCUGGACUGGCCCGCUGGAAAACUGUCUUUCUACAAGGUCUCCUCGGGCACACUGACUCACCUGCACUCCUUCCACACUACAUUCACUGAGUGCCUCUACCCAGGCUUUCGGCUGGGCUGGAUCCAGUCUUCAGUUACUCUCGUCCAGGGCUGGCAUGACCAUACACACCUCAGAACCUGCUCUCCUCCACACCCAGGGCUGGCAUGACCCUACACACCUCAGAACCUGCCCUCCUCCACACCCAGGGCUGGCAUGACCCUACACACCUCAGAACCUGCUCUCCUCCACACCCAGGGCUGGCAUGACCCUACACACCUCAGAACCUGCUCUCCUCCACACCCAAGGCUGGCAUGACCCUACACACCUCAGGUCGGGCCGUCCUGCCAAAGAAGCACCAUCAUCAAGUGAUGUCCCGUCGUUCUUGUCAUAGCUGCAAAACACAUUUUUUUCUGCAUGCUGCUGGGUUUGAGAUAGAACAUUGUAGCUCAGACAUUAUUAUUUUACUGACAAAAAUACUGAUACCUUGGCACUAACCACAGAAAUACUGAACGGUGCAAUUCUUAUCAUGCUAGAUUACCUGCUGUAUUUACUCUUUGCAUGUCGCUUUGGUGAGUCUUCAAAAUGAAUACCAGUGUCUGCACAGGCGUUCUAUAGGUCAAGCUGGUCAGAAAACUGCAUAUGAAAAAUGAAUAAAACACAUGUAUCUCUCCUCAUUAAGUGUCAUACUUAGCUGAAAGUCUAGGAGCAAGGCUCGAGCCCUGAAUGGCAAGACUACUUAAAUGAGGAGGGUUUGUCAAUCACACAGACAUGCAUGACUGACAAGGAAGCUGGUCGAAAACAUG